AUGUCGCACGACUUUUCCACCCACAUCUCCCAGGCGCCCUACUCGCCGGCCCCUUCGCACUUUUCCCACCAGAGCAUGGCCGAUCCUAACAUGCAGUCGCGCCAGCAGCAGGCCGUCGCCUAUCCCUCACCGCACUCGUACCCGUCGCCCUCGAUGCAGCCCACGUAUACCUACCCGCCGCCCCAAGGCCAGCAGAGCAACGAUGGCUACCGCAGCUCUCCCCAGGGCUCCAACAUGUCGCUGCCGCCCCUCAAUCUGCCGCCAAUACGUCUGCAGGACGGCCAGCAGCCCCAGGCGCAACCUCAGCAGCCGCCCCAGCCCAUGGGCUCUCCGCUCCCACCGCCGCAGCACGGUAUGCCGCAGUACUAUCCGCACCCAGCGCAUGCGCAGCAAGGCCCGCCCAUGAUGGGCAACAUGGGCCCGCAAUUCAAUGCCAUGCGAUACCAGCUGCCGCCGCAGGGCGACCAGAGAGUGCUGUCUGGUGGUCGCCACAAGAAGGAGAUCAAGCGUCGCACCAAGACUGGCUGUCUGACAUGUCGCAAACGGAGAAUAAAGUGCGACGAAGCCCACCCCAUGUGCCGGAACUGCCAGAAGAGCAAACGAGAGUGCUUGGGUUACGACCCGAUUUUCAAGCAGCAAUCCGGUCCCGCCCAAAUACAACCUGCUCCCAACUCCGCGCCCGCACCCCACGCGACAAGCGCACCGGCGCCCGCACCUUCCUCCUCCAAUUACAGUCAAAGUCCGGUACCCCAAGGGUACGCGCCUGCCUCGUCCGCGGGGUACGCGACUGCCGCUCCUGCUACGAGUGGCGAACAUCAGCAAGGCAACUUCCACGCCAUAGACCCUGCACUGGCGCAAGCCGAUCCCAAUCUACAGCCACCCCAACACUACAACGGCGUGCACCCCAUGGAUCCCAACAUGAGAGGGCCUCCAGGCGCCAGCUACCACCCGCCUCCGCCAGAGCCCAUGAAAGAUUCAGGCAAGCGGUUGAAUAUCCAAGACAUUUUUGGCAUCUGCAACCACAGCCCGCCCGAGGUUCCUCAGCGGACCUCGCCGGUACCCCGGGAAAUCGACGACGAGUUCAGCCGCAUCUUCAUCAACGACUACUGCCAAGGGCUCGACCUCGUACUUGAGACCAACUGGUUCUCGACGAACAACAAUGCUCUCAACAGAGUCUUCAGCGACCGCUCCCUACAUGAAGAGGCCGCUUUCUUCACCGAGACCAUCAAGUACAAGGCUACCGCCGACACCGAUAUGACCGGCGUCUUUAGUCAAGAGGCUCGCUUAUUAUGGCACUUGUUGAGUACGUGCAAGCAGAACCUUCCAAGCACCAACGGAGCACAGCCAGAAGGUGAAGACUUUGCGAUGAGAGAAACCCGCGCGCGUCUCGACGUGCUGGAAGCUCUUAUGACGAAUCAAAAUCUGGACUCGAAUCCCACACGUCAAUUGGCAUACCCCCCUACGCUUGAUGAUGUCAAGAGGUCGCAAGUCGACUUCUGGCAACAUCUCGGAGACUUUGUCCAAUUCUCGGGCUCAGACACUGCCCCGCCCGGAGCAGCCGACGGCGCACUUUCAGUACUACGCGGCGUCCUGUGCAUGCACGAGGUGCGCGAUGCCAUCUACUCGAUUGCGAUCGCUCGUCAUUACGGUAGCCGCAUUGGUGGCUUCCCCAACGCCCUACCACCUCAGGUCGACCAAAGUCCAGACAGCGACUUGAAUAAGCUUUGUGUCGCCAUGUCGUUCAUCAGUCAUGAGAGCCGUGCAUCUACCCAGCAGGUUCUUGCGCGUAUCUGCGACAUGGCCAUGUUCUCGUGGACCGCCUCGCGAAUGCCUUCCAGUCACCAACAACAACAGGGUGGCUUCCCUCAAUGA